UACCCACUUACCCUAAAUUCAACUCCGAAUCCAUCUCCUCCAUAUAUAUAUACUCCGACCUACAUGUGUGUAACUUAUAAUACUUAUUCCAUCAACACCUUCAAAAACGCAUAACUGGCUAGCACUCUUAACAUUUCCAAACUUUCAAGCUUUGCGAUGACAAAAGUAUACCCAAAUGGUGCUGCAGCAGCCACGGCCAAUGUCGCCGCCUACGAGGCUGAGCAGAAGCUGAGGGUUUCAGGAUCCGAAGAGGCCACAGUGCUGACGGUGUGGAAGAAGUCGUUGCUGUUGAAUUGCAACGGGUUUACGGUGUUUGACACCAAGGGAAAUCUCGUCUUUAGGGUCGACAACUACUUGUCCGGCCGUAAAGGCGAGAUCGUCCUCAUGGACGCCUACGGCAAGCCUCUCCUCACCAUCCGCCGCAAGAGGCUGAGCUUCGGGGAUAACUGGAUGGUUUACGACGGAGAGACGGCGGAGAAUCCGCGGUUCUGCGUGAGGAAGAACGUGAACAUGCUAAACAACAAGUACUUGGCGCAAGUGAACAACAAGAAGUCGGUGCUGUACCAGGUAGAAGGGUCGUACGCGCAGAGGUGCUGCGCCGUGUACGACGGAAAGAGGAGGAAGGUGGCGGAGAUCAAGAGGAAGGAGGCGGCGGUGGGCGGAGUGGCUUUGGGAGUCGACGUCUUCCGCCUCGUCGUACAGCCCGAUCUCGACACGUCGGUGGCCAUGGCGUUUGUCAUCCUCCUUGACCAGAUGUACAGCUCGUCGUCGUCUUCUAGACGUUAGAUAUUUGAGUCUCAACCACCAUUUUCCCCUUGGUGGAUUCACAUCUUUCCUUCUCUUUCAUUUUCAUGAUCUUGAAUUGUGUGUCCUCAGUCUUCCCCACAUACGCUUCUGUUUUUUCCUCUCUCUCUCUCUCUCUCUCUCUCUCUCUCUCUUUAAAAAAAAAUUUCGGAAAAAAUCAAUGAAGCUGCUUGGUUUUUUCCUUUUAUAUAAAAAACCAGGCUUCAAGUGGGGAUGUAUAUAUUUAUAUCCAGUUGAGAAAAAGCGACAAACUCUUUCGUACUA